CUUUAGUGUCCAGUAGUGUGAAGAUCAGGGAAGAUCAAACUACCUACUUUAGGUCGACCCCUGAGUCUCCGUGUCUCCCCUUCAAGGAUACAGGUUACACACUAGGGACACCAUCACAGUCCUCCUGCGUUCUGCCAACCUUGCCAAAGCCACAAUGUCACAAUUCUGUACAAUGCCAGCUGGAGAGAGGAAGAAGUGUGCAGCAGCUAUUUGCCGAGAGGUCCAUGGUACCAAUGGGGACAUCAUGGAUCUCGGAAAGAAGCUCAGCACUCCUAAAGACAUUAUGUUGGAGGAGUUAUCAUUGCUUUCCAACAGAGGUUCUCGGCUUUUUAAAAUGCGCCAGAGGAGAUCUGAGAAAUACACAUUUGAAAGUAUACAAAAUGAGGCAAACGCGCAGCUAAAUAAUGAUAUUUUAGCUGAGAACACACACACCGUGGAAAUUAAAGUGGAUGCACCUGCCCAUGGAAACACUGUUAAUGCAGAAAACACUGUUUCAGACGUAACCGCAGAGAAGCUAAACACCACAGCUAUGCCCAAGUCCUAUCACUCUCCGUGGGAGGAGGCAAUCCUCAGUGACCCUGACCUCGCUGAAACACUGAAACUGAGAAUGCCUGCACUGGAACCACGAGCAGACCUUCCUGAAUACAAAUGCUUCAACCGGGUUGCCACUCCUUUUGGUGGCUUUGACAAAGCUCCAAGAGGAAUUACAUUCAAACUCCCAGAGGUGGAUCUGAAUCCACCUAGAUACCCAGAGCUCCAGGAACCAGGGGUGAAGAGACCCACCUUCAACAGGACAGCCCAGGGAUGGAUAUCUGAGGGCACCCAUCUGAUCCUACCCACUGUUACCCUGGAGCCCCUCAAAGUCCCAGAGUCUGAUGACCUGUAGAUGAUUUUACUUAAUCUGGCAACAUGAUGCUGGAUGUAAUAUUGUGGCCUCAGCCUGGGAUGUCAGUUAGUAGCGCAGUUGCAAAUCCCCACCAAUAUUUUGGAUUGUUCCAGUGGACACAAAAUGUUUCAUGCUUUUUUCUUCAGUUGACUAGUAUGUUUGUCAGACACCAGAAAACUGUUUCCAAAGAAAAUCCUGUAAAUAGCAAAAGGAAUGUGCUAUACACUAUUCAAGAAAUCCAGAGUUUCCACUUAUACUGAAAACAAAACUGUAAAUUUUAUAAAUUUUCAAAUGAAAAGAUAGGUAUUCACUGUAAAUAAAGAAUGCAACUUAUUUAUUGAAGGCACACAAUCAAAACUGGUACAUGCAGUAAAUUAUAUUUAGUUAGUUUUAGUGUGUAGUAUUUUAGUAUAUCUAUAGAAUAGAAAACAUUGGAAUGCACAUUAAUAAACAAAAACAUAUAUAAAGAUUCAAAUGGAGAUUAAUUAAGUUGUAUUCAAAAUUCCACUGCAAAAAUAACUUUCCACAACAGAUUUGUUAAAAAAUUAAAGUGGAAGCUUUGUUUCAUGUCAAGGUCCCAUAUCCUCACAGUAUUUGUACAGUUUCGAAGCAGAAGAAAAGGGGAUUUCACAGUAUAACCCAUAUUCAUUUAUCUUGAGAAAUUCCCAGAGAGGUCACCAGUCUGGGAGGAAGACCGAAGGAACCUGGACCUUGACCUGUGAUGGAACUGUACCAUAGCGCUUCUAAUUAGAAACCCAGCAUCUCAUGGAUUCAAAAACUUUGAGUUUACAUGUAUUUCAUACAAGAAAUAAGCACAUUCGGCAGAGAAUAAUGUAAAACUGAUACCAUCACAACUGCCCUCUCUGGAGGGCAGUGACAGUAAAGAAAGAGAUGUUUGUUCUGUAUUGUUUUUGGUCGUAGAUGCACCAAACACAAGAUUUAACUUUGCACUAACACAACCUACAGUAGCAAAACUGUGUAUGAGUGCAAAAUACACUGAAUGCCUGUGAGUGUUGUUUACUGAGGAGUUCACUGUGUUUCUGAAAAAUCAAGCUGAAAACAUUUGUGCUGCAUGAUUUUACUUUAAUUAAUUUUUUUUCUUGCCACUGAAUGUGACUUCCUGUGCGCCCUGGACGAAGGGAACCAUUCACAAACUCUGCCCUUCAGACAGCUGGGAAACAGAGGAGCUGGAAGAGUUCUGGCAGGAUUGAAUUCAAGGCCAUUGGGGAAACAUAUUUCAUGACUAUCAUUUCUCCAAAACCUCAGUACUCCAAAGAAUUUGCAUACCGUUCACACAGAAUGCAUGGUCACCACAGAAUGAUACAUGAGCAAUCCAUCAAGUCAGAUGUGCAAGAGUUAUUUUCAGCUGUUUCAUUACUGUCACAAUAAGAAAUGUCAAUAUGCAUUUUUUAAAAAAGAUUAAUUUAGAAAGUAGCAUUAUUAGACAGUAGGGAUAUAUUUUUUAUUUUUCUCAGUCACAGCCCAAAAGCUGAGAUAUUUCAUGUAUUGAGAUAUAACUGUGAGAAAGUCCAGGGGUUUAGUAACAGUAACAGUGUCUUCAGGCCAGUUUUUAUGUGACAAAAGUCUAACAAUUUGAUAACAGUAAAACUAACUGAACUAAAACAGCUACAUUUACUCUAACUGCCCUCAUAGUCAGUGAUUGUGGUGGUAAUGCGAAGAGAUUUGCAGUUGCUGGGAGUCUGUCUAAGUCAACUUUUCAGGAAGGCUGAAACUACUGUGCUACACAGUGGAAAAUGGAAAAGAGAGAAAACAGAUACAAGCAACAAACUCCAAAAAUAACCUUAUGAAGACUUGAGUUUGACAGCUCAUCUCAGCUGCGCAACAUUCAGUAGGAGAAAUCUGUAGCCUAAUUUUUUUUUUUUUUUUAUUCAGAGUUUUUAUAAAUAAUACCAAGAACUCUUUAUGCGUCUCAAGGGAGGUUUCUGUGCUAUUGCUAGAGCCAAGCUAGGAUUAGAAAAAUGCCAUAUAUAGUUAUACUGUCCAUCCACACAUGUCCACACAUGUCCAUCUCACUGACUGCACAUGGUCCACGGUUUUUCCAUAUAUUCUCUUAAAUAUAUGGUACAGAAUAAAUCUUAACCUAUAUGAAAACAAUAACAAUGCCUGAUUUGUUAGCAACCUGACCAGAAAAUAAUACAACACUACUAACGGCCUAAUGUCCUACAGUUACAGUAGGGCAGUAACCAAUGAUUGUUUUCAUUAUUCAUUCAUUAUUAUUUUCUCAUUUAAUCAAUUACGUGAUGCCUUAGUCCAACACAGGACUGGAAGAGGUGGAAAAAUCUUCAGACUGGAGAAGCAGAAACCACUAAUUGUUUGGUGUCUGUGCUUAAAAAUGGACACAAACACCCACUCAAUUAUCAAAAUAGUUGCCAUUUAUUUUUCUUUCAAUCGGCUAAUUGCUUCAGUGCGUCACUGAAACAAUUUUCUCCAUGGCUUUGAUAGAAUAAGUGUUUGUUUAUUGUUUAUGUAUUCCUGAACAGAUUUCAUUCUUGGACUCAAAAUCAGUGAGAACCAAUCAGUGUAACAGCUCGUGAGGAGUGUUUUUCACUGUUUUUCACAGGCUGGACCCUUUGCUGUGGACACACACACACACACACACACAGUACUGUAAAUAGUCUAACAGGAUCCCCUGUACACUGUGUAUUUAAAGGAAGUGAGAACAGCAGCUGAAAAACACUUGGCAUGGGGCAUGAUGAU